UUUUCAAUGGAGAAGGCUAGUGAGGAUAAGAUCACUCUUGAUCAAGAGUAAGCACCUCGAUGUGAUCCAUAGAAGGGAUACUAUAGAAAGUUCUAAAAGUAAACUCUUGUCUAAAAUUGAUCCAAAAAAUUCAAGGUACCCAUAUUGUAUGGUAUGGACACCACUUCCUCUUAUCACUUGGAUUCUUCCCAUGAUCGGACACACAGGAAUAUGUGGGCCUGAUGGAAUGAUCCAUGACUUCUCUGGGUCGUUCUCUAUCUCUAUUGAUAAUAUGGCUUUUGGGAAGCCAACAAAAUAUCUUCCUCUUGAGUUAAAUGACUCUAACUCUGAUCAAUACGAGGAAUGCAUCGAUAUGGCAGAUCAAAAAUUUAAGCACAUGCAUCACAGUCUUUGCUGCAACAAUUGACACAGCCACUGUGCUUACGUCCUUGAGCUCAUGAAAUAUAAAGGCAAGCAAAGUUGGACACAAGUAAAUAUCUGGUGGAUGUUCAUGACCAGAAGCAAAUAUGUUAGCUUUGGGAGGUUUAUCCUGACUUACAUAGGCUUCUUUAUUUUCUUACUCCUCAUUUCAGCGAUCAUAUUGAUUGCUAAUUUUGCAUAAAUGUAUCCAAAUAUCC